AUGCGCUCCUCGACAGUCGUCUCGUGCCUCGGCAAGAUCGAGGACGGCCUGUGCGGCAUGUGCCGGACCUGGGUCGUCGCGGCGGUGACGUGGACCCUCCCGGGCGAGUGGUGCGCGCAGUGGGAGGCCGACUGGUCGAGGUGGUGCACGCACGCCCAAGAAUGUCACCUCGGCCCGCACGACGCAGCCUGCGCCCCAUGCGCUCCUCUUUCCCCCUCGUCCUCGUCCUCCUCGCCAUCGCCGUACAAGCCGCUCUUCCGCCCUCCCUUUGACGCUCCCCCUUCCCUCAUCACGCACAUGCCGCCGCUCCUUUUCCUCUCGCCGCCCUUCCCCGACUGGUCCGCCCUCGUUCGACCGUCGAUCCACCUCUCGAACCCGUUCCUCGAACUCGCCGCGCCGUCGCCCCACACGCCCGACGCCCCCGUCCCGCCUCUCGCCGUCAUCAAGGACGACGAGACGAGACGUCCCGCCAGCGAGGAGACCCUGCAGGCGCGCGUCCUCGAGUGGCGGCGCAGCGCGACCACGUCCGCCGAGCCGGCUCGGCAGGCUCGGCAGCGCAACUCGACGACCGAGGCGCUCGCAGCCGUGUGGGGCAGCGCCGACGCGCUCCUCGUCGAGCCGGUCGACGUGGCCGACAAGGAGAACGCGCCGCCGCCGACGUCGGGAGGAGCGGGCAAGACGCCCAAGUACGGCUUGCGGGCGCGCACGAAGCGGCGAGCGACCGAGCUGUUCGGCGCCGAGCUCGGCCUCGGUGGUCUUCCGCCGCUCGCGCCGCCGCCGCAGCCAACGGCGCCGGCGGCGAAGCUCAAGAGGAGGAAGAGCUCGAGGGCCUGA